AUGCCGAUGACCAACCAUGACACCGAACCGGAGGAUGAUGGCGAGGGAAGUAGUGACAGUCUGGACGAUCUGUUCAGCGAGAUAUGGGAGCGGGAGAGCCAACCGGAGCUACGCUUUGCCAUCAUCGGCGUUGGAUCGGUGGUGCAGACACAAGACCUCCAAGGGCACCGAUGGGAGGUCAACAAUUUCUCCAACACCGUGUGGGAGGCGGCAAUCUGGAUGCACCACUUCUUCCAGGAUGAACGCUGCUUCCCGCCUGGGUGGCUCAGAGGCCGCCGGGUGCUCGAGAUCGGUGCCGGAACGGGGUUGGUUGGCCUUACCCUUGCGCUACUCGGUGCCCAGGUCACAAUGACUGAUCUGCCCGAGGCGCUGCCCAUCCUUCGACACAACACGGACGCCACCUUCGCGACCUUGAACGACGACGAAGGUGAUGGCGACCACAACAACGAUCGCAAUGGUCUUCUUGGCCGAAAGAAUCACGACCAUGCUGCUGACAGGGAGUCCUGCAGCAGACCGACGAUCCAGGAGCUUUGCUGGGGCAAUGCGGCCGAAGCGGGAGAAGUGGCAGCAGCGGCAGCGGCUGUGGAUGGAGAGGGUUCAGAGUGGGAGGGGUUUGAUCUGAUCGUGCGAGGAGGGCGUCACGAGGGUUUCCUGGAGAUGCUCAACCUGAACGGCUUCCACGUCCGGGCCUUGGACCCGACGUGCGCGGACGACCUGAGAGCACGGGUCUCCGGUGACGACGCCGAAGGAAGCCGCAGCUGUGCUAGCCGCAUUGGUGGUGGUAGCGCAACCACAGUUGCUGGCGACGUUGCAGGCGGAGCUGCUGUUGUUGCUGCAGGCGGGACUGGCGGCAGGAGUGGGAAGUGGCCCGGCCCCGAGUGGAAAAGAGGGAGCCUUCCUCUGGAGAGAAGAAAAAUACACCUGGACACUCAAACCCAUAGCGAAACCGCUGCUAGACGUGGUCGGGGUGGAGGGAGAAAAACCGCCGCAGAUUCGCCCGCAAAUGGGACCGGGGAGGAACUGGCCGAGGAUGUUGCCGAUGGCGGUAUUGGACACCUGAUAGCGCCCGGGCCACGGAAGGGCAGCAGACGGGGGAACGAUGGUUCGGCGAUAUCCGCGAAACGCGCGGUAGUAGGCGGAGGAGGGGUGGGCAGGGGGUGGGGGUACAAGGAGUCCGGGUUGGGGAAGAUCCUGGCCUUCGCCGUACGGAGACGAGACAGUGUUGAUGGCGAUGACGAUGAUGAUCGGGGAGUUGGUGGCGGAAGUUAGAGCCCGUCCGGACGGAGAGGUUACUCCAGCGUUGGAUGUUUGUUUUCGAAACGAGAAGAAAAGAAAGGCACGAAAAAUUCGGCGGCAAGAAAAGAGCGCGAUAGAGAAUCGUGAAUCGUGCUCUGACGAGAUGGAGGCAUCCAUGAUUGCCAUCCCUAAUUCCUUAGCCGAAAGGCGAGUGGUGGUACGUACUGGGUGAGCCGUAGAAGGCGAAGGCGACAUGCACUUCCGUACGCGAAAUCGUCAACGUUGGAUACAACAUCUUCACACGACAAGCAGUUCCUGAACACCUAGCAGCACCCAGUUCAAGCUGUCUCUUCAAACAGGCCACUCCUACCUUUGGACAGCUACGAAUGCUUCACAACACGGACACGCACAGAUCAUUAUUUCGACGGAACGAACAUUUAAUUCUGGCCUUUUGGUCCACGAAUCGAACUUUUCGCACACGCACCACCGGCAUUAUCGAGGACAACAACUCAAGGACGACACCUUCCUGUAUUCUUGGCUAUUCUAACGCUCCUCUAGCACAAGCAGAGUCCCCCCCCCCACUCCCAGAGAUUUUGGGUAGAUAGCACACGACGAGGAACCCCAACAAACAUCUGACUAUAAAGCCGUUUCACACAG